GCCAUGGGAAGCAUAAAAACAUCAGUCAAUGUCAACUUCUGUACUAUCUCAUUUCGAAAGUCUCUCCAACAACUGACUUUUGUUAUUCGCUUUUUUGGUCUUGUUCAUCGACAUUCUUUUCUCUCCCCUCGCCACGAUGCUCAAACCAGUUGCCCACGGCCUCAGUCGUAAACGAUCUCAUUCAGACGCGCUGGGAUACGAAAAACUACGACCUCAUUGCGACCUUUUGACAGCUCAUCCGUCUGACAGCAUCUCGAAUGACGUAUGUAGAAUCCUCGAUAUCAGAGUCAAGAAGAACAAGCCUGAAGGGAUGCUCGAUAAUGCGUUUUCAAAUGACAACAUCGCCCACGGCGACCUCGCAACCAACCACAGCACCGAAGGCAACAGUCUCAUAGAUGAAGGUCUCAGAAAUGAAGGUCUCACAGAUGAAGGUAUUGGAGACGACGAGAGCACAUGUUCCACGAAGACGAUCAAAUCUGGAGACAUCCAACUCAAAACCCUAUGGGACCGAGAAUAUCCGAUCAAUGAAUGGUAAGGGAAGUGCUGUACACUUAGCGACCUUUGCUAAGCCGGCGGUCCAGGCAGCCACAUGAUCCGAAAAGGACCGAGACUUGGGAACUAAGGUUAGCCCACAUCCUGAUGAAACAUCCUAUGUUAACUUGGUAUGAAAGUCACGAGCUUUAUUCUAAAUUAUUCGGCAUUUGCAAGACACCGAUUCCUGCUACCUACCGGGUUAGUUUGCCUCCUACCACUUCAGCCGGUGUCCUAGUUAAUAAAAGUCACAAGCGCGCGCUUGAUAUUGGAACAGCAAGUGGUAUUGUAUGACCCUCUCCGUGAUAUGAUAAGUACGCCAACACAGUUAUCUAGGUAGUUGGGCCUUGUAUGUUCUUU